AUGGCCAACACAAAUACACGAUACAACUUUCUAGUGAUUUUCUUUGUGGCUCUAGGGUCCUUUACCUAUGGCUUCAAUUCUGCAAUCAGUGGCUCCGUCCUAGGCCUCUCAUCUUUCUUAAACUACUUCCAGCUCAGCACCACCGGCCCAAAUGCUACGAAAGGCAACCAUCUGAUCGGAGCCAACAAUGGUCUCUUCGCAGGUGGUGGAAUUAUUGGGUGCCUCCUCGUUCCUUGGCUCCUUGAUGCAGCUGGACGUCGCGUCGCCAUCCAAAUCACAUCCCUCCUCUGUGUCGCCUCUGCCAUUCUUCAGGCCGGAUCUGUCCACAUUGGCAUGCUCCUGGUUGGCCGCUUCUUGAAUGGAAUCGGCGUUGGCAUGAUGGACGUUGCUGUGCCAAUCUACCAGUCGGAAAUUUCGCCUGCUAAAGUCAGAGGCCGCAUGGUUGGAUCACACGGCUUCCUGGUUGUUGUUGGCUAUGCCUUGGCUGGAUGGGCUGGGUACGGAUGCUUUUUCAUCACCAAGGAAGCUCUCCAAUGGCGUCUAUGCCUCGCAUUUCAGAUUGUGGCACCGAUGCUUCUCCUGGCUGGAUCUCCUUGGAUGCCAGAAUCACCAAGAUGGUUAUGCAAAAUGGGUAGAACGGAAGCGGCUCGUCAAGUUCUCGAGAACCUCCACCCAGAUGGUCAACACGAAGGCAAUUCGUUUGCCGAAAAUGAACUCCAGCAGAUUUGCACACAGCUCGAGAUUGAAACGCAUGGAGCCACUUCAAGCGGGUGGCGACACGCUUUCUCUCAAAAGUCGUAUCGCAAGAGGCUUCUUUACGGCUUUUUUGUCCAGUGUGUCGCUCAGUCAACUGGAGUUCUGGUUGUCAACAACUACCAGAUCCUUCUUUACGAUGGUCUGGGCCUGCGAGGGUCCAUCUCCCUCCUGCUCUACGCAUGCUACAACUCGCUGGCAGCGUUUAUGAACUUUGUCAACAGCUUGAUGUUGGACCGCUGGGGACGAAUUCGCAUCAUGGUUAUUGGAUUGAUUGGCUGCUCACUGUCACUCUCAGGAUUCACCGCCAUGGUCGCCGAGUUCGUCGGCACAAACAACAAGGUUGGCAACGGAUUGGGAGUCUUCUUUUUGUACCUCUUUGUCUUCUUCUAUGGCGGUACCAUGGAUGCUUCGUCGUAUGUCUACUGCGCCGAGAUCUUCCCAACAUCGAUUCGUGCCCAUGGUGUCGGCCUCAGCGUGUCCGGGCUGUUCAUCAUGACACUCAUCUACACGCAGACGGCCCCAACGGCAUUUGAGAAUGUGGGAUGGAAGUUCUAUCUCAUCUUUAUUAUCAUUCCCUGGAUUGGCGCAUUUAUCAUGGGCAAAUACUUUCCCGAAACGGCUGGGCUGUCGCUGGAGGAAAUUGCCGUUCUGUUUGGGGACGAAGCUGCCCCUAACGUCGCCAGCACCGGAGACAAUAAGACGUCAGUUGGGCACGAGGCGUUCAAUGAUACGCAUUCUUCCUUGACCACCAAAGCACGAGACGCUGAUACAGAGCACGCCGAGAUGGUUGGUUUGUAAAGCGGGCGUUAUUCCACGGGAACUGCUGUGUCGUUGACCUAGAUACAACAGAAUUUGCAGACCACAGCCAACUGUAUUUUUGGAUGAAUUAUUGGGCUCAAGGGGGUUUGGAGCUGGUAGGGGAACGGUUCAAUUCUGAUUGGGAGACUCACUUCCUCCAAAUAAAGCGCUUUUCUUCAUCUCCUUUUCAUCUCUCCAAACCGCAGUAUAAUACCAG